AUAGUUACUGGCUUCUCGUCGCCGGAGGAAUUCAAAACCCAACGGAUCCGUUUUGAGAUCAAGAAGAAGUUCUAUCAUGGCGAAGGAGCAGCACUUGCGACCUUGGUUUCUGGAUCUAGUACCGGCUUUGGUUGUUUUCCUCGCUGCAGCUCAUGUCAUCGCCUUGGGUUACUGGAUUUACAGAUUGGCCACUGAUCGUCGAGCUCAGAGUCAGAGAGGCAAAUUUCACUGAAGAAACAUCGAAUAGGGGCCAACAGAAGCGACUAGAAGGUGUAACCAAGAGUAGAAAAUGUCUCCGGAAACCAUUUUAUUUGGCUGGGAAUGGUAUUGAGUAGUCAGCUUUUAAAACAAAGAUCACAAUGUGGCAUUGUAUAGGUUGUAUAAGUUUUGCUUGAUUAAAAAUUGGGGAUAAAUAAAAGAAUCCCUUUUCA